AUGUCUGCUUUCAACUGGUGCUGGUUCGAUAGCGCGCAAACGUCAGUCUUCGCCGAGCCUGAGUCCCAGCCAGUUCCUCUCAGCGUUGCGGUUGAAGCAAGCUGCACAUCAAGCGGAUUUUAUGAUCUUUUCAAGCUACAGAAGCUUCUCAAGCCAAAGAAUGGAAAGUCCACCGUGUUCGCGGUGCUAACGCUGCUUUCGGCCGUUUCCAAAUCGAUGAUGUCUAACAUUAUCGCAUACGAAUCUUUUACGGUGGUACAGGGUAACUGCAACAUCACACUGAGACUGUUGAAUGAAAAGACAGACAUGUUUGGCUUUACCUUAGAACAGCAACUCUCGCUUGCAAGCCGCGUCUCCAGAUUGUACACGGAGUUUAAUAUUCGGAGCGAAAUCGCACAGCUCUUCCUAGAUCGCUCUUACGUAGGCGUACAUGCUACUAUCAACUCCUUGAAUUCGAUAGACUCUAAUAUAACUUGUCUCACAGGAGUUCGAGGAUUCAAACUAGCGAACAACUAUACGGCAGAUCUCAACUCUACAAUACUAAGCCUUACUAUUAGACAAUAUAGCCGUCAAGUCAUGAAAACAUCUAUAGAGGAUUAUAAGAAUCCUAUGCCUUUAAAAUUCGAAAUCUUCUCACAAUCGAAUGUAGACGAGAUCCUAUUAGGGCAAAACUCCACUGUUUUCUCGCCUAUACGCUGCUUCGUAGCCUAUUCGUACGGGUAUCCUAAGCAAUCCAGCUUUUCUGACGUUUUCUUUGGCGUGAUUACACGUUUCCAAGAAGUUUUCGUCGUUCCUGAACAGGAAUUCUCCAGUGCUGAACGUGGCGCCGGUCCAAAACAGUAUCUAGAAACCGUAGAUGGGCCGAUCAUACCCCGGAUUCAAAAUUUGACCUAUCAAGAUGCUGGUGCUGGCACCACACGAGCAUACAUGGGAGAUCAGCCACAGGCCUAG